AUGAACGAGGCUCAAUUAUUGAAUAAGCCUACGACAAGCUAUUCUGCAUCGGUCAUUAGCGAUAAAAAAGAGGGCUCCUCUCCAGUCUCGGAGGAAGUGAUCACUGAAGACGAACUUGAUGAGGAGAAUGAACAUGUAGAAUUUGGCAUUGAUAGAUCCAAGCAAGGAUCAAGCUUUACAGCAUUUUUCAGUGUGGUAUGUGUGGUAGCUGGUACGGGUGCUCUUGGUCUGCCUUAUGCUUUAGCUCAAGGUGGUUGGAUUGGUCUUUUUAUCUUGUGUCUCAGCUGGAUUUUAUCAAUUUACACUGGUGUUUUGUUGAUCCGUUCCAUGUACUAUGAUGGUAAAACUCGUUUAUCCAGUUACCAAGAAGUAGCCACUGCAGCAUUUGGUACGCUUGGUGGCUGGGUUGCCUUUUUCUUUACAGCGAUUACGCUGGUCGGCGUACCUGUACUCUACUUGUUACUCUCAGGUUUGAAUUUACACAAUGUUGCCAAGGGAUCUUCAGCAGAAUUGACCUUCCCCAUCUGGGUCAUUAUUUGUACUUGUAUCGUCGCCAUUCCCUUCUUGUUCUUUAGAUCCAUGAAGGAAAUGACCUUUUUGAGUGUCUUUGGUAUGCUCUCCACUGUUGUUGUCAUUCUGAUUGUGCUAGGUGUUGCUGUGAAAGAAGCACCUGAUCAUGUAGACUCGCAUCAUGAUGGUGUUAUCUGGAACAUGUUUCCUAUUGCUCUUAGUUCCAUCUCUUUCAGUUUUGGUGGCAACCCUGUGUAUCCUCAUGUUGAACAAUCCAUGCGCAAUAGAAGAGAUUGGAACAAGGUGAUUACAGCUGGUCUUACUUUUUGUGUUCUCCUCUACUUUUUGGCUGCUGUGCCUGGCUACUAUGUUUAUGGAUCUGGAUCUCUGUCUCCCAUCUAUGAAUCAUUGUCUGAUACCAACAAGGGACCCAAAUUUGCUUCCAUCAUCAUCAUUACUAUCCAUCUUAUCUUGACCACACCCAUCUUGUUGACCUCGUUUGCGCUGGAUGUAGAAAAAAUGCUCAAAAUCAACCCUGAGCAUAGAUCUUUCUUUGUUGAAUGGACCCUUCGCUUUAUGUUCCGCGGUGCAUUGAUUGUAGUCAUUGCUGUCAUUGCCAUCUUUGUGCCCUUCUUUGGUGAUUUUAUGUCUCUGCUAGGUGCCUUCUCCAACUGUGCUUUGGUUUUCAUUUUCCCUGUUGUCUUUUAUUACAAGCUCACUGGCGUCAAGGGAAAGCCUUGGUAUGAGUAUAUUUUGGCCUUUUUGACUCUCUUGCUCGGUGUUGUAGGUCUGAUCUUUGGUACCAUCUCUGCCAUUGAAGCCUUGAAUGAUGAUUUCAAGAAUAACUAA